GCUCAGGUAAUAAAUGUAAAAAAAAAGUGACAAAAAGUUUGCACUGACAGUUUAUAUUUUUUUCGCAGCUUUCAAAAUAUUUUUAUUUUAUCUAUAAAUUUAAAUAAUCGAAUUGGUUGCUAAUUAUGUGGACAUAUAAAUGCGGCAACUUAUCAGCUGUGAUCGAAGGUUAAUCAGCUGUCAGACAAUAUGGCGGCGAUGACAUUUACACAUAUUCGAUGAUGAGUGCGCGAUAUAACGAGUGUUAAAUGUGGUCCUCGGCAUCGUUAAUACCUAAAAUAAAAAUGUAAAUAUUUUAAGCUAUGGGUUAAAUGAGACAAAAUGAAAAUUUAAAUAUAUAAAAAUAUGCCUAAUUCAGAAUGUAAUUUGCCACGAUUAUCUUUGACCAAGAAGUAUGUAGAAGGAGAGAUUACAUUUAAAAUUAGAAUAAUUGAAUAUUCUUUCUCUCCUCCUGCAUAUUUUUGGUGUUGCUAAAAAUUAUACUAAUAUGAGUAACGUUACAUCGCAAAAGCUUUCGCUGUAUUCGAUUUUGAAAAUCAAAAAUGAUGAUAUCAAGGAAUUUAUUUGUGGCUGGGGAGCUGCUGUCAUCAAUGUCAGUGUCACUUUUCCAAUUAAUAAAGUCAUAUUCAGACAGAUUUUGGAAGGAGUACCGGUGAGAGCUGCAGUUGGGCAGAUAUCGCGAGAGGGAAUACGACUGCUGUAUCGUGGAAUCUUACCACCUCUGUGCCAAAAGACCUUGUCCCUUAGUCUAAUGUUUAGCACGUACGAAGGAUGCAGACAAAGAUUCUGCUUACUUAUGAAAAACGACGUGCUGGCUAAGGUACUGGCGGCGAAUAUAGCUGGCACAGUGGAAGCUGUGCUGAUGCCGCUCGAAAGAGUACAAACGCUACUGCAGGAUUGGAGAUAUCAUGACAAAUUCAAGAACACGUCCCACGCGUUCAGGUACCUAUUGACAAAUUACGGCGUGUCCGAGUGUUAUCGCGGCAUGGUUCCUAUCAUAUACAGAAAUGGCUUGUCCAAUCUGAUGUUCUUCACCCUGCGAGAUCAAUCAAAGGUGUUGAUGGAAGUCGAAGAUGUGAUGCGGAGAAUUACGAUUUUGGACUUGGAAUUUUCUGGACCAUCACUCGCGCAUCUUCAGCGCAUCCUCUCCUCCUCGCGUCAAUUAUUCUCUUUGCACUCUCAGAUUCUCGUCGGCGCGUUUUAUCAUCCCGAUGUGAAAUUCACGGCGCGACAGGUGCACGAAAUGUUUCUCGCGAUCGAAACGUCAUUAAUUUCUCGCAAACGAGAGGCAAUUCGGUCCCUGAAUUGUCGGAAAAUGGUACGGAUGGGGAUGGUGACGGUUAGCGAUGGGAAGAGCAAACCUAUCCCGAUGCGUUUGCACCUGUCGAUGGAGGUAUUGAAGCUUCAACGGGAGGAUUUGGAGGCAGCGAAUCACAAUAAGCAACCUCUGGACGCCAAGGAGCGAAUGGUGCAAAUUACCAGGCAGAAGGUCGGUGGUCUGGGGCUGAGCAUAAAGGGUGGAGCGGAACAUAAACUUCCAGUGCUGAUAUCGAGGAUCUAUAAAGGUCAGGCCGCCGAUCAGUGCGGUCAACUGUUUGUAGGAGACGCAAUUAUUAAAGUGAACGGAGAGUACAUUACGGCGUGCAAUCACGACGACGCUGUCAAUAUUUUGAGGAACGCCGGUGACAUAGUAGUUUUGACGGUCAAACAUUAUCGAGCGGCCAAGCCAUUUCUACAAAAGAACGAGAAGGAAGAGAAACUGGAUAAUGUUGCCAAUGGUACAGCGGACGACGGAUGGAUAUCACCCAACAGACAAGGGGGAAGUCCCAGAUGCAGUCAUAGUCGACAAAGUUCGAACGCAUCUUCCAGUUCGAUACAAUAUAAAAGAUGGGUGGACGUCAUUACGGUUCCGUUGAUGAUGGCGUACGUCACGAGAUACAUAUUUGGCACCGACAAACUAAGAAGAAACGCAUUCGAAGUGAGAGGUCUUAAUGGGGCGCGUACAGGAGUGAUACACUGCGACGAUAGUGCUAUUCUCAGCCAAUGGUUAAAAUAUAUAACUGAUAACAUUACAGGAUUAACGCAUUUGCAGAUGAAACUAUACAAUCGCAAUUUCGGAGUCGGCGAACGCAUAGAAUACAUGGGCUGGGUGAACGAGGCAGUGAGCAAUAGUAAUCAACCGUGGCAGAGUUAUAGACCGCGAUUUCUGGCUCUAAAGGGACCGGACUUAUUGCUGUUUGAGACACCACCUUGCAAUAUCGGCGAUUGGUCACGCUGCGCGCUGACCUUCAAAGUAUACCAAACGAUGUUCCGCGUGAUGCGCGAAUCCGAAAACGUGGACGAGCGACAGCACUGCUUCCUGGCACAAAGUCCAGGAAAACCGCCACGUUAUUUGAGCGUCGAGACCAGGCAAGAACUCUUGCGGGUCGAGGCGGCGUGGCACACCGCCAUAUGUUCAGCUGUUACGCAUUUAAAGAGCAAAACUUUCCCGGUGACCUUCAAUAACAGAAGCGCGGGCCUGACGCUUGAAUGGACUCAAGGAUUUACGUUGUCGUAUGAAGGGAUUGGCGAGAUCGCGUGGCGUUACAAGUUCUCUCAAUUGAGAGGGUCCAGCGACGACGGUAAAAGCAGGCUCAAAUUACACUUCCAAGAACCGGAUAGUAUCGCUAUCGAAACGAAGGAAUUGGAGUGUUCCCAGUUGCAAAACUUGUUAUUCUGUAUGCAUGCGUUUCUUACCGCGAAGGUAGCCGCGGUAGAUCCUACAUUUUUAACGUCGACCACUCCGUAAAGAGCUGUAAUAUAUAUAUAUGUAAUAUGAUAUAAACGUUAUAUUGCCGACGAAGUCACCAAGUGGAUCACUUUUGUGUUCUGUUGUCGUUAUACGGACUAUAAUAGAUAGAGAAAUAUACGAGAGCUUGAAGUGUGUACGCUGAAAAUUUGCUGAAAGGAGAGGAAGAGGAAAAGUAAAAGAGCAGCAGUAGAAAAAAAGGAAGCGACAAAAACUAGUCAAUAUAUCCAAAAAGUAUUUUUAUCGUUUACAUGUACGAAUUACGGAUCACAAAGCGGUACUACUAUAUUCAUAUUCAUCCUACCAAGCCAAUUUCACUAUAGUAUACAUAUGAAUCUAACGGCUAUUAUAGUAAUAUACGCAUCUAAGUAUAAGGAUUUCCGAAUUUCUAGGAGCGGCAAUUUAUGGACGAUUGCCCGCUUAUGUUAUCUGCUUUUGCUGUAUUUUUUCUUUUUUUGGAAUUUUUGAGA